CACAAUUUAAAAAGAAUCUCAUCUACAUAAAUAUACAAAAAGAAAUUCUAACAACAAAGCAAGUAUUGUAUAUAGUAGAUGAGUUGUAUACGAAUUGUAUCCCAAUACCACUGUUCUACAAUUGUGCUUUGUCUUUUUUGUAAUCGUUGACUUCAUUGAAAUCGUUGGAAACAAUGUCUUACUCGGAUCAUGGAUACAAGUACGACGUGUUCAUAAAUUUCAGAGGGGAGGAUACUCGCAGAACUAUUGUUUCUCAUCUCUAUACUGCACUCUGUAACGCAGGAAUCAACACUUUUCUUGAUGAUAAAAAGCUUGCAAAGGGAGAAGAGCUGGGACCAGAACUAUAUACAGCAAUAAAAAUGUCUCAUAUAUUUAUUGCUGUUUUCUCACCCAACUAUGCACAAUCUAGCUGGUGUCUUAACGAACUUGCACAUAUCAUGGAAUUGCGCCAUCGCCGUCACAGUUAUAGCCCCCGGGUGGUUAUACCUCUAUUUUAUCAUGUUGACCCAUCAGAUGUCCGUAAAUUGAAGGGUGAUUUUGGAAAAGGCUUGAAAGUUUCUGCAGAUAAAAUAUUCUCACAGAGUGGGGCCGAAAGAGAAGAAGUUCUCAUGUCCAAGUGGAGGAGAGCACUUGCUGAAGUUACAAAUCUUGUUGGCUGGGAUGCCAAUAAUUUCAGGAAUGAAGGUGAUUUGGUACAGAAACUUGUUGAGGACAUUUUGACAAAACUAGAUAUGUCAGUGUUGUCUAUUACUGAAUUUCCAGUUGGAUUGGAACCUCGCGUACAAAGCAUUACCAAGAUUCUUUAUGAUGAAUCAAGGAAAGCCUGUAUGAUAGGAUUAUGGGGAAUGGGUGGAUCCGGGAAAACUACCUUGGCCAAAGCUAUCUACAAUCGAAUCCAUCGUGAAUUCCAGGGUAAAACAAGUUUCAUUGAAAGUAUUCGAGAAGUUUGUGAUUAUAAUAGAAAAGGGAUUAUUCAUUUACAGGAACAACUUCUUUCAGAUCUCCUAAAAACAAAAGAUAAGAUACAUAGCAUUGCAGUGGGGAUAAAUAAGAUCGAGAAAAGACUUCAGGGACAAAAGGUUUUAAUCGUACUUGAUGAUGUGACCAAGUCUGAGCAAUUAAAAGCUCUGGGUGGAAAUCCUAAGUUGUUUGGUUCAGGAAGUGUAUUGAUUAUUACAACUAGAGAUCGAAGCCAUCUCGAUUCACUUAGUGCCCGCGUCUUCACAAUGAUUGAAAUGGAUAAAAACGAGUCCCUUGAACUUUUCAGCUGGCAUGCUUUUCGACAAUCAUGUCCUAGAAAAGAUUUCGGUAAACUCUCUAGAAAUGUGGUUUCUUAUUGCAAAGGAUUACCACUAGCUCUUGAAGUCCUUGGAUCUUACUUAUCUAAGAGGACAGAACAAGAAUGGAGAAGUGCAUUAUCAAAAUUAACGAAAAUUCCCAACAACGAAGUGCUACAGAUAUUGAGAAUCAGCUAUGAUGGUUUAGAAGAUUAUACAGAAAAGGAUAUAUUUCUUGACAUAUGUUGUUUCUUCAUUGGAAAGAACAGAGUUGAUGUCACAGAGAUCCUUAAUGGUUGUGGACUUCAUGCUGAUAUUGGAGUAUCUGUUCUUAUAGAGCGUAGCCUCAUAAAAGUUGAUAAGAAUAACAAGUUUCAGAUGCAUGAUUUACUACGCGACAUGGGAAGAGCAAUCGUCAGCGAAAGUUCAGCAAAAGAGCCUGAAAAGCAUAGUCGAUUGUGGUGUCAUGAGGACGUGUUGGAUGUCUUGUCAAAAAAAACUGGAACAAAAACUGUUGAGGGUUUGAUUUUGAAGUGGCAAAGAACAGGCAGAAUUUGCUUUGGCACUAAUGCUUUCCAGGAGAUGGAAAAACUGAGGCUUUUAAAACUUGAUGGUGUUGACCUCAUCGGAGAUUAUGGGUUAAUUUCCAAACAACUGAGAUGGGUUGAUUGGCAAAGGUCUACCUUCACAUUUAUACCCAAUGAUUUUGAUCAGGCAAAUCUAGUUGUUUUUGAAUUAAAAUAUAGCAAUGUUAAACAAGUUUGGCAGGACACCAAGUUGUUGGAGAAGUUAAAAGUUCUCAAACUCAGUCAUUCCAAGUACUUGAAAAGCAGUCCUGACUUUUCAAAAUUACCAAAUCUGGAAAAGCUAGUUAUGAAGGAUUGUCAAAGUCUGUCCAACGUACACCCGUCCAUUGGAGAUCUCAAGAAUCUUCUUCUCAUAAAUUUAAAGGACUGUAUAAUUCUUGAAAAUCUCCCAAGAGAGAUCUAUCAAUUGAAAUCGGUGAAAACUCUCAUCCUUACGGGCUGUUCAACGAUUGACAAAUUGGAAGAAGAUAUAGUGCAGAUGGAGUCCUUGACAUCACUGAUAACAACUGGUACAUCUAUAAAAGAAGUUCCCUAUUCAAUACUAAGAUUAAGAAGUAUUGUAUAUAUAUCCAUAUGUGGUUAUGAAGGAUUAUCACAUGAAGUUUUUCCUUCACUCAUUCGGUUUUGGAUGUCUCCUACUAUAAAUUCGUUACCACGUAUUCCCCCUUUUGGAGGCAUGCCGUUGUCUCUUGUUUCCUUGGAUCUAGAGAAUAAUAAUAAUAAUAAUAAUAAUAAUCUGAGCUGUCUAGUGCCCAAGCUUAAUAGCUUUUCCGAACUUAGAAGUUUUCGAGUACAAUGCCAGUCAAUGAUUCAACUAACCCGGGAAUUAAGAAGAUUUCUUGAUGAUCUAUAUGAUGCAAAUUUUACUGAACUGGAAACAUCACACACAUCACAAAUCUCUGUUCUUUCAUUAAGAUCACUUUUGAUUGGAAUGGGUAGUUAUCACACAGUCAUAAAUACUCUUGGCAAGAGUAUAUCACAGGAAUUGAGAACAAAUGAUUCUGUCGAUUAUUUCCUUCCAGGAGACAAUUAUCCUUCUUGGUUGACCUAUAGAUGUGUAGGACCUUCAGUAUAUUUUGAAGUGCCUAACGGUGGUGUUUGUGGAUUGAACGGAAUAACUUUAUGUGUUGUUUAUUCAUCAACACUUGAAAACAUAGGAACUGAAUGUCUCACUAGUGUCUUGAUCAUUAAUCACACCAAAUUCACAAUCCAUAUUUGCAAGCGAGACACAGUAAUGUCGUUUAAUGAUGAAGAUUGGCAAGGUGUAGUAUCAAAUUUAGGAGUUGGUGACAAUGUGGAGAUUUUUGUUACUUUUAGACAUGGAUUGACAGUUAAGGAGACAGCUGUGUAUCUAAUAUAUAGUCAGUCGUCUACAAGGGAAAUUGAGUCAAUACUUGAAGUGGAGGCUGAGCCAACACCAGAAGUGGAAGCACAAUCAUCAACUGAUGUGAAGGCCGAGCCAUCACCAGAAGUCGAAGAACAACCAUCACCACCUGAUCUGAAAAUGGAGCCAUUACCAAAGCCAAAUCAAAAUAUCUUUAUAAGAUUUGCAAAGGGAGUAGGAAAAUGUUUAUGCUUGAACCAAAAUUGAGGUGUCACCAUCUUUUAUUUGGCAUACCUUCGUACAUGGGAUUCCCUUGUAUGUAUCUGUAAUAUUUUUCUAUGAGGAAGCAAGGAAAAUGCUUAUGCUUUGUGUAAUUAUGAAAGUUUUGUUAAGAGUCUU